AUGGGCAAGAAAAAACAGAAGUUAGUGCAUCAUACCGCUGAGCAGCUUGCGGAUACACCUUCGGCCAACAUCCACACGGCCUCCAUGUACACAUUCCAAUCUGGCAAGCCCUUAGUAUGCAUGGAGUCUCUGGUUGGUGCCCAUCUUGCUCCCACAAAUCUUCCCCCUAUGACUCUUCUCCGUAAUGAGGAUCCACCACCAGCCCAUAACCCAUGGCAGAUAUACGAAGCUGGCUCUUUCCUCGACUAUAUGCCGAUUCCUGGUGAGUCUAACAUCGAGACUGAGACUUCGAAGAGGAAACGCACAGCUGGGCGCUGGAAUGGUAACUACUUCGAACAAAUCACCCUCAAGUCAUUGGGGUUACGCAUUCAGCUGGGCCACCGUAUUGGAGACAUGUGCUGCAACCCUCACUGUGCAUUCAACGACGACUUCAUAAUAAUCAAUUCGACUGGAAUACAUGAAGUGGGACUGGAUUUCUGUGCUUGUGGGACCAUGCAAACCCACGUUAAGCAACUGCUACACUCUCGACUCUUUCCGGCAACCAUCACUGACCCCAAAACUGCAGCUACUUUUGGUGUGCUCGAACAGUAUCACUUACUGUCUUUUGAGUCUAAAGCAUCCGCGUUUGAGUUCUAUCAAGCCCUCUCACGCUUAUCCAACAAUACGGGCAUGGAUCCGCCAAAGUUGCUCAAACAUUUUGCUCAGGGACACUGUCCAGAUGGCAUCGUGACAACAGAGCCCAGACAGUGCACAGUGCUCUGCCCUGCCUGUCCGCACCCCGGAAAAAACCUGCUGGAGAACUGGGAGAACACCUUGCUUGAUAAGCGAUGGCUGUAUGCUUUAUUUGUUGGCAUUGAUGCCAACUUCCGUCUGAAGCAGAAGUUGAUAUUGAGUGAUAUCAUUGAUCCUGGAGUUAGUAAGGGAUGGUCGUAUUUUGUGGAGGAGAAGGCUACAUGCGCCAGUCACAACACCGUGAAUAUGGCCGAUACGAAGAAGUCUAGAGGCCUCGCCGCUACAGGUGUUGGGACGGUGGAUUGUGCCAGGCACAAUAUGAAACUUCGCAAUGCAGUUGGUGACUUACAGAAGGGCGAGAAGUAUGUUAAUAUGGACUACCUAUUUUUUUUGGCAAUGAAACACCACAACGUCAUUGUUCUCAACAUAUCAUACAAUAUCGCGUGUCAAUGGUCCAAGCAUCUGUGGUCACGGAUGUCAAAGCUUCCUUCUGCAUUUCAUCUGGAUUACAACAACAAAUGGCCAUGCCAGAUCAAUUUUUCUUUUAAUUUCUCUCAACAUGUUGGUCAUACUGAUGGCGAAGCUCCGGAACGCGGGUGGGCUAAUAUUAACCCGAUCGCAUCAAGCACCAAGGAGAUGGGCCCAGGCUCUCGGCGUGAUACGUUCGAUGACCAUUUUGGUGAUUGGAAUUGGAAGUGUGUCGUCCAGCUUGCAAACACUGUGGAGCAAAAAGCCAAUCAUCAGCGCAAGCUUUUGGAACUUGAAAGCUGCCUGCAAACACAAGAUAUUUCCGAAUGGAGGAUUGACAUAGAAGCUUGGGAACUGGAUCGCAUGCAGCCAAAUCCAUUCAAGGUCCGAGUAGCACUUGGUACAAAUAUCUCUCUUCAUGCGGAUGUUCCCCCCUCGGUCUUAAUCAGUUCCGCAAUUGACUUGGAAGAUCAACAGUAUCUUGCAGCACUCAGCACCCAUGCAACUGACCACCAACUCACUAAGGUCCAGCAACAUGCCAAUGUGUUAUGCAGGAAAAUUGAUGUUUGGCAGGAUAUUCAAUUGCUAUAUAUGCCAUUUGUGUCUCACCUACGCGCCAAUGAAGAUUGUCCACGCUCCCCUACGGAUGCAACACCCAGUGUCAAAGCUAUUGAUCUAUGGCUACCAUCUGGAGUCGGCCCAGACACACAGUGUUCUACUCAGCUUCAUCGUUUCGAAUGGAUGUUACACUACGCCCAAGCAAACAAUGCAUUAAAAGACAUUCGAAACCUUUUGUGUCUCCGCUCACACCUAUACAAAUUCAAGGAUAACAACAUCAUUGGCCAAGCAGCUAAUACCCGUGCAAGAAGUACCAUCAAUAAGACCAAUGUCAAAGUCAGCAUGGCCGCCGAGCGUUAUGAAGUUGCGAGGGCGGCUCUCACUACUCUGGCACAAAUUCUUGAUGAAGGCCCGGCCUGGAAAGAUAUAUUCAAGCCUCUCAAUCACAACAGGGACCUGAAAUCGUUGAAGGACAUGUGGGAAAAGGAGACGGAGGGGACAAGACACCUGUUGUGGAUCUGGAAGACACCGGGGGAGGAGGUUGACUUGCUGAAGGAAGAACAACGGCAAGUCAUUGCAUUCCUGGACUGGCAGGCAGGCUGGUGGUGGUGUCAAAGACAAGGCUGCGAUUCAGAACACUUGGAUGACUGCUUGAGGGAAGGUUUGAAGGCCUAUGCGGAACGCCAGGCAUCGCUGCGCAGGGCUUUAUCGGCUCAUUUUCAGGCAUUGUGGACGAUGCCUACCCUCCCAGCAGCAACAAGCAUCAAUACAGCAAUGUUCGCUGUUUGA